AUGCACUCUCCCAAGACGAAAAAAGCCCUCUCUAGCAAUACACACCAAACUGAGCAAAUGCAGAGUGUCUCCACACGAUAUGUCUUAUCAGGAGAUAAGAGGGGGACACUGGAAGAAGGGAAGGCUAAGAGAAGUCAGCAUCAAACAGCCUUUUUUCACAAUGCAAAUGAUUAACCCCUUAGGUUCCACGGUGAGUAUAACAAAGCAUGCUUUACUGCCAGGGGCGGACUGACCAUUCGGGUACUCGGGCACU